AUGGCCCACGACCGCGAUGUCGAAGCCGAUGCCGAGAGCAGCUCGACCGACCACUCAAUUCCUUCCGCCGGCGAACUUCGGCGCGCCGGGUUAUUGGCUCUGCUAUAUCUGUUCGACGGCAAGCUCGAGCCCGACUGGAACAGCGACCUCCAAUUCAGCACAGUCAUAGUCGCCAUGAUGACUGUUUUCCGCCUGUCCCUAGGCGGAAUCAUCGAGACAUGCAUUAGCCAAGAUGCCUGGAUUUGGGUCUCUGCUUUCCGCAAGGGUAGGACAGAGGCCCGGUUGGAGGACUUCAAGAUGUUCGACGAGGCUUCUCGUGGCUUGUGGGGUGCUUUGGUCCUUAUAUGGCGAAUGAAGGCAAGACAUCUUGCCUGCAUCGGUGCUGCAAUCACGAUUCUCAUCCAGGCUUCGGAGACCUUCUCGUCGCAGAUGGUUCAAUUCAACGAAUACCCUACGGUAUAUGUGGACAGGGUCAGCAUGAACGCGCUCGCAGCUCCGCCGCCCCCGAGGGCAGAGGCGUGGCACAAUAUAGUGCCCCAGGGCUUCGGUGGCGAUAUGUCUCUAGGGCUCUCAACGAAAGCUGCGAUCUACGAUGGCGUAAUAGCUGGUACCUUGUCAGACUUGCCAGUAUCCUGUGCGACAGCGAAUUGCACUUGGCCAAUCUACCCAUCGUUGGCUGUUUGUGGUAACUGUACCGAGUCUCUCCACAGAACAUCCUGCGACGUAGAAACUGGGUGCAACUACACCAUGCCCUCGGGUACCUCGAUCUUCAAUCCCGUUGGUAUCCCUUAUGAGUACCAUUUCACCGUCGCUCCUUCGAAUGGCUCAGCCGGCUAUUUCGACCAAAGCUCACGGGCGUUCUUUUCUAUCUUUGACCUGAUGUCAGUGACAACCACAUCCAAAGAGACACGGGUAGAGGCAUACGAGUGUGCGCUAUGGGUCUGCCUUCAGAGCUACAACACCACCGUCACAAAUGGCAUCAAAACUAGCUCAGUGAUAGCAAAAUGGUCGAAAGCCGAGUUUGUACCCGAAAGCAGCGCCCAUUUCGAUGAAUACGUGUUUCAAGACAUACCACCAGAGCUAAAUGCGGACAACUAUACCCGCUACUCCGUCCCAUCCGAUUCGCUCGAGGCCUUGCGAGACUUCAUGAACGCCAUCAUGUGGGGAAAUGCCUCGGAAGUAGCCGGCGUGGUCGACUAUUCCUCAGACUGGGUCCAAGCGAUGCAGAACGCGACUUCGGAUCUCCCAGAUUGGAUGAACCGGUUGACGCUCAGCUUGACCAACAAUGUCCGACUCAGCGGCACCUUCGACACGACGAAGGCUUUGUAUUACAGCGGUACCGCGUAUAUCAUGGCCUCCCACGUGGAUGUAAACUGGUACUGGGUGCUAUAUCCAAUGACGCUGAUGGUCUUUGGCAUUUUGUGCCUCGUUAUAACCGUCUGGAGGACUGCACACGAUCAGGUCUGUGCUUGGAAAGGAGACUCGCUACCCAUGCUAUUUUGUCGUGUCUCGAAGGGUAUUCAUGCGCAGGUUCGCGACGGCAUGGACGUCCCGGAGGGUCUCAACGAUCGCCUUGGUCGCACAGAGGUCGAACUGAUUCGCAAGGAGGAUGGGCAGUGGUUCUUUAGAGAACCUAGAAAUCAUUGA